CUAAGAUUGGACAAGUACCGAGAUGUUGACGCCGCCGUCGACCAAUGCUGCUGGAUCAGCAAGUACCGAUGUAGACAACCAGCUUGACGAGCUUCGGCGAUUGUUGGACGAGAACAAAGAAAUUCUUAAUAAAAAGGGAACCAACAUGAACAUCAUGUCCACCAGAAUUGAUAGAAUAGUGAAUAGCGAUAAGGAGACUGGAGACUUGUUGCGCGAGAUCCACGGUCAGCUUGAAUUGAUGUUGGAGGAGUACGAGGGGACGGUUCCGAGACAGAAUAACGAAGUAUUUCCAUCAAGUUAUCAACCGCAAGAAUUGAAAGAGAAGGUGGAAUCAUCACCACAGGAAAACUUAGUUGGAGUUAGGGAUGACCUCGACCAAGCAUCUGGCAAGAUGAGUCCCCAAAUCACUCAAGAUUUCCAGUCAAUUUUAGAGUCGGUUAAACAACUAGCCAAUUCGCUUCCCAUGACGUCUACGAAUGUUAAUAAUCUUAACGAGCUAAUAUCGCUGAUAGACCUUGGUAUCUCAGCAUUUAAGUAAUCAAGUUUUUUUAUUCAAAUAUAUACAAG